GCACACGUAAUUAGAUUGAAAAGCCUGCACAUGUACGGGCGACGGAGGAUCCCCUGUAGAGAGAAGGGGGCAUAUUCCUCUCUCCCUCUCUAUCGCUGUGUUUCAUCGCUUCUCCCUCUCUCUCCCAUUGGGAUUUCGUUUCUUUUCCUGGGAUUUUGGUCGGGAACGGUUUCGAUUUAGAAUGCCCGGGUUCUCGUCGUAUCUUGGAUCGCGGAUUCGGUCGUUUCUUCGGGAUUACGAUAGCCUUCAGUCGGUUGCGGUUAUCCUUAUCUACAUCCAAAUUGGUUGUGCACUGGUUGGAUCGCUUGGGGCAUUAUAUAAUGGCGUGCUGCUGAUUAAUCUGGUGGUGGCGCUCUUUGCACUGGUGGCGAUUGAGAGCAGCAGCCAGAGCCUUGGACGGACCUACGCUGUUCUUCUCUUUUCUGCUAUUUUGCUGGACAUCGCGUGGUUCAUACUUUUCUCGCACACAAUAUGGAAUAUUACUCCUGAUGAGAAAAAUGGGCCACUCUUUGUCUUCUCACUCAGACUUGCUUUGUCAAUGCAAAUUAUUGGCUUUUCAGUGAGGUUUUUAUCCUCAUUCUUAUGGAUUCAGAUGUACAGACUGGGGGUUUCAAGUGUGGACGGUGCAGCCUAUCGUGAAGCAGAUUUUGAUGUGAGAAACAGUUUCUUGAAUCCCUCAACAGAUAGGCAGACCUCCAAUUCUGAUGACAUCUUGGGAGGGUCCAUCUAUGAUCCAGCCUAUUACUCCUCUCUUUUUGAGGAUGCUCCAGAUAAAAGAUGUGCAUUCGAGGGUGACAAACCAACCAAUGGACGUGUAGGUGGGCCAUCAGCAAUGGGAUCUCCUCAACUGAAAUCUUGCAUUAGUAGAUCCUUCCAGGUUGUUGAUGUUGAUAAUAUGCUAAAAUGACCCCUGAACCAUUGAUCUAUAGAGCAGUGGAGCUUGGGAUUUUGUUCAACAUCCGCCCCAUGUUUGCCUUCUCCAUAUUUUUGAACACAUACCGGGCAAUGAUGUUAACAGCUCUUGUACCUGAAGGGCAUGCCAAUUGAAAAGAAAAUUACAGCUUCUUCUUGCAAUCACAAAAUGCAUAGAUCAUGAUCGAUGCUGUUCUCUGAAUCUCGUGGACUCUUUUAGUAAGUUGGCUAUUGUCCUUGCAGCUCGGAACCACCAAGUAUAAUGCACAGGGACAUCGGUCAAUAUCUGUUCCCUCUGGUGAGGACCCUGGUUAAUCUCCACGAUAAGCUGUGCAUGAUUCCAACAUUUAUGUGGACAUUUAUCUCCAAACACUUGUGAAGCUAUUGGAAUGUUCUUGGUGGUAGCAUCCUCUGGCACAUGGCGGUGCUCUCCAUUAUGACAUUAAGAAUCUCUGAUCCUGUAAAUUUUUUUGUUCAAUGAUGAAUUUGCAUGGUUGGUUGUCUGCAUUCAUAUCUCCUAUCGCUGACGAACUAUUUUUUGUUGGUAUUGGAAAGCAAAGAAUUUUUCAGUCAACUUGAAUUUCGGCAAUGAACUCUGCUGAUUUAGUUCUGAAAUUAUGUGAAGCAAAUUCAUCAUAUUGUUGCAAAAUAUGGUGACAGAUUGUUUCAAACAGUUGAGAGUGAGUAGCAGAUUUCUGGUGGACAGUCUGCAACAGAUUUCAAUGUUUGCCGUCUCUCUCUCUAUGAAUAAUGUAGACGCCAAACUUUUGAGUGGUGGAGUGAUUUCUAUCAUUAUAUUAUAAAAACAAACAAGAAAAGAUCUACCUUUUUUUCCUUAAUAAAAAUGCCUAAUUCUAAAGUUGGGUUACA